AUGACGAGGGACCAGAGCGGAACCUGGGAGAUGGAGAGUAACAACAACUUUGAUGGCUACUUGAAGGCCCUGGAUUUUGAUCUUGCCAUCUGCAAGAUCGCAGUAUGUCUGACCCAGACGAAGAUCAUUGAUCAAAAUGGUGAUAACUUUAAGACAAAAACCAUCAGCAUGUUCCGCAGCUACGAAGUGGAUUUCACUGUCGGAGUGGAGUUUGAGGAGCACACGAAGUGCCUGGACAACAGGCACGUGAAGAGCCUGGUGACCUGGGAAGGCGACGUCCUCGUGUGUGUGCAGAAAGGGGAGAAAGAGAACCGAGGCUGGAGGCAGUGGGUUGAGGGGGACAAGUUAUACCUGGAGCUGACCUGCAGUGACGAGGUGUGUCAUCAAGUGUUCAAGAGGAAGUGA